AUGUCUGCAUCAAAUUCCCGGAAGCGAGCAGCGCCCGGUGCGACGCCAGUCGUGCCGAUCCAGCGGAAUGUGCCGCAAUCACAUCCAGCCGACCUUAGUACUGGAGCGAACCCUAUGAUGCAAUGGAAUACCGCUGGCGGUGCGACUGAGCCGACCGAUUACUUUAGUGCUGCCACAGCACACCGCGAAGAUCCAUACGGACUUGCGCAAGCACAGCAGGCAUACCCCCCGGCUGUGAAUGCGCCAUCGAACUCACUUGCACGGCGACAAACGAACCGUGCUCUUGUUCCCACGAAUCUUAGAGCUUCGUACGACACUUCUUCGGACCAGUGGAACGCCUUUGGCGAUGACGGCCUCCUCGUUCCGCAGACCGCGACGGAGGGCAGAGUGGAGCAGGACAACGUGGAAGUUUUAGAAGAAAUGGCCCAGAAGGCGAAACGAGAAGCUCAGGCUAAAAGGAAGCAGAUUCCGCCAUUCGUUCAAAAACUAAGCAGCUUUCUGGAAGAACGCAAAAAUGAAGAUUUGAUUCGCUGGUCGGAAAAGGGCGACUCUUUCAUAGUACUGGACGAGGAUGAAUUUGCCAAGACGCUGAUUCCCGAGUUGUUCAAACACAACAACUAUGCGUCUUUCGUGCGACAGCUCAACAUGUAUGGCUUCCAUAAGUGCGUAGGGCUUUCAGACAACUCCAUGAGAGCAAGCGAGCGCAAAAACAAGAGCCCAAGCGAGUAUUCGAAUCCAUAUUUCCGACGAGGCCACCCGAAUCUUCUAUGGCUUAUAAAUAAGCCGAAGAGCGGUGGCAAAUCGAAAAAGGGCAACAAGGGCCAGGACGGCGAUGUGGAUAGUGAAGAGGAAGUUAUCCACGAAGAUAUCUUGGCUCAUCAGGGUAUUCCGUCGGCCAACAACACGAACCGAUCUCUACCCGCUGCUGGGACUGACGCCAAUCAGGCUCUGCCCAAGAAGGAGAUGACAUUGAUCAAAGAGGAGCUACAGAAAGUGCGAGAGCAGCAGAAGCUGAUUCUCGGAGCUAUUAACCGUCUACAGCGAAAUAACAACGAUUUAUACAACCAGGCGAUGCUGUUCCAGAGCCAGCAUGACCGACAUCAGAACUCGAUUAAUGCUAUCCUCAAUUUCCUAGCCAACGUCUUCAGAAAAACCUUGGAGGAUCAGGGUAACCCGCAGAAUGUUGGAGAUAUCAUUUCUAGCUUGAUUGCCAAUCAAGGACCACAGCCAACCCACCAAGGCAGCGUUGUUGAUUUGGGAGAUUUCUUCCACGCUCACCAGCCUAGCACUGCCAGCUCAAUGAGCGUUCCCACACCUAGAAAGACUCAGAAACUGCUCCCAGGAAUCCCCCAGGUCAACCAGCCAUUGGUUCAGCCGAGCCGGUCGCCGUCAGCCAGCAGCACACCGUAUCAACCUGUUGGGGCUCAUCCUGAGAUGGGGCAUGUUACUGAGCUGGUCGAUACAUCACCUUCGGAUACGACAUCGAACCUGAGGCAAGAACUCGAGGUUAACCCCCACGAACGGAUGAUGAAGAUAAUAAAUGACCACAAUGCAAGCAAUCCCCUUGAUUUACCAGACGCAACCGAACUUGUGAACAAUACUCCGAAUACUUUGAGUAACGACCAGAGGAGCAAACUAGUCGACUUGAUGGCAUCACAGACAACAUCUUCUGCGAUGCCAAACAUACCUGCUGUGUCUGAUCCUUUGGCUAAAAGGCCUCCUGCCACUGCCGCAUCAGCCGUCCCUCCUCCAGCGCAAAGCAGUAGCCCCGUAGCGCCAUCCCUCUCACCCAUCAUGCGGUCACCGACUAUGCCAGCGCCGUCCCUGCAACAUAUUGGCACGAACCAGACUGAACUCGAACAACUAAAACAACUGCAGAAUGAACAGGAUGCAAAGAUUCAUGAGCUUAGCGACAUUUUGGGGCCGUUAAGUCCGAACGGGCACAUUCCAGGCAUAGACGACGGAAGCGAAGCCUAUUUUGACGCUCCACCUGUCGAUUUGGACCAGUUCUUUGAUAGUAACGCCUUCCUGAAUGAUGCUCAAUUUGGAGAUGGAAACGAUUUCAACUUCAAUAUCGAUGCAGAUGGACUUCACAACGGACUUGAUGUGAUGAACCAUAAGUUUGAUACUCCAAGUCCUGCGGGAACUGAGGAAAUUCUCCGAGAUGACUUGGGGUUGAACGGUAGCCCUGAUCAUGGGAAUAAGAGGCGGCGCAUGGGCUGA